GUCCCCAGACCCGGUUUCGUCUGCCGCGGGAAAAGGGUAGGAGCGGCCGUCUGUGCGCUGUGGGCGGGCCUUGCGGACCCGACAUGCCGGGCUCCUGGGAAGGCGCCAGGGCCCGCGCGCUGGCCGCGGUCUUCUCGCUGCUCCUGUCCCUGGUGGGGCUGGGGGCGAGGGCUGCGGAUGACUUCAGCCAGGUGCAGCCGCUGGUGACCAUGGAGCAGCUGCUGUGGCUGAGCGGCAGGCAGAUCGGCGCCGUGGACACCUUCCGCAUCCCGCUGAUCGCAGCCACCCCUCGGGGCACCCUGCUCGCCUUCGCCGAGGCCAGGAAGAUGUCUGCGUCCGACGAGGGCGCCAAGUUCAUCGCCCUGCGGAGGUCCACCGACCAGGGCAGCACGUGGUCCUCCACAGCGUUCAUUGUGGAUGACGGCGAGGUCUCUGAUGGGCUGAACCUGGGGGCAGUGGUGAGCGAUGUGGAGACGGGAGUCGUGUUUCUCUUCUACACACUCUGUGCCCACAAGUUCCGCUGCCAGGUGGCUUCCACCAUGCUGGUGUGGAGCAAGAAUGACGGCGUUUCCUGGAGCCCACCCCGGAACCUCUCCGUGGACAUUGGCACCGAGAUGUUUGCCCCUGGACCAGGCUCUGGCAUUCAGAAAAAGUGGGAGCCACGGAAGGGCCGGCUCAUCGUGUGUGGCCACGGGACGCUGGAGCGGGAUGGUGUCUUCUGUCUCCUCAGUGACGACCACGGUGAAACCUGGCGCUAUGGGAGGGGCAUCAGCGGCAUCCCCUACGGCCAGCCCAAGCUGGAAAAUGACUUCAACCCUGACGAGUGCCAGCCCUACGAGCUUCCCGAUGGCUCGGUCAUUAUCAAUGCCCGGAACCAAAACAACUACCACUGCCACUGCCGGAUCAUCAUCCGAAGCUAUGACGCCUGCGACACCCUGAGGCCCCGGGACGUGACCUUUGACCAUGAGCUCGUGGACCCUGUGGUGGCCGCGGGAGCCAUAGCCACCAGCUCUGGAAUUAUCUUCUUCUCCAAUCCAGCCCACCCCGAGUUCCGAGUGAACCUGACCCUGCGCUGGAGCUUCAGCAAUGGGACCUCGUGGCAGAAAGAGAAGGUCCAGCUGUGGCCAGGGCCCAGCGGCUACUCGUCCCUGACCGCCCUGGAGAGCAGCAUGGGUGGAGAGAACAAGGACCCCCAGCUCUACGUGCUCUACGAGAAAGGCCUGACCCGCUACACGGAGAGCAUCUGCAUGGCCAAAAUCAGUGUUUAUGGGACGCUCUGAGCCAGGGGAUGUGUGGAUCCUAGCCCUUAGGCCCCAGGCUCUCCAGAGGGUCAGCUGCAGAUGCCUAAGGGACAAUGCCAACUUCCUUUGGACGCUAGGGUUUUGCAAUAUCAACUUCUCUUUGCCAGAGAAAUUAUUCCGUUAGGAUGAAAAGGACAGUUUCCUCUCCCAGAGGAAGCGCUGCCCGCAGCUGAGUGCUUCCACUCUGCACCCCUCCCAGGAUGGGCCAGCCCUCUCUGGACCCUCUGCGGCAGGGCUGAGUGGAACUGAAUAACUGUGAACUCAGGGACUGAGGAACCCCAGGCUCCUCUUAGGUGUAGGGGGAAGACACCAGCUUUGGAUCGGGUUGGUGGAAGUCGGUGCAGGGCAAGAUUUUUGGUUUCAGGGUGAGGAACUAGGUGCAGUACCCUCAAUUAUUUAUGGAUCAAAAUGUUUAUAACGUGAAAGUUUUUAUUGAAGGAGAAUGAACGCUUGCAGUCUCUGUGGUUCUGUC